UUAUAGGAUUGUAGGGCUUCUAGUAGGGUUAGAGGGUUCUUAUAUUAAAUUCUCUCUUUUAUUCUCAUUCUCUCUCUAGUCUCUACCCAUUGCUUGUUCUUGUUUGUUGGUUUCACAGAAGAGAUAAAGAGAAAGAGAAAGAGAUAGAGAUAGAGAGGGAAAUGGAAGAGACAAAGUCGAGGUUCAAGAGGAUUUGCGUGUUCUGUGGGAGCAGUUCAGGGAAGAAGACAAGUUAUCAAGAAGCUGCAGUUGAGUUGGGGAAGGAACUGGUGGAGAGAAGGAUUGAUUUGGUCUAUGGUGGUGGGAGCGUGGGACUAAUGGGUCUUGUUUCUCAGGCUGUUCAUGAUGGUGGGCGCCACGUUCUAGGGGUUAUACCCAGGACUCUCAUGCCUAGAGAGAUUACUGGUGAGACUGUUGGAGAAGUGAGAGCUGUAUCUGACAUGCACCAGAGGAAAGCUGAGAUGGCUCGUCAAGCUGAUGCCUUCAUUGCCCUUCCUGGUGGGUAUGGAACUCUUGAAGAACUGCUGGAAGUCAUUACUUGGGCCCAGCUUGGGAUCCAUAAAAAACCUGUGGGCCUCUUGAAUGUGGAUGGAUACUACAAUUCCUUGUUAUCUUUCAUAGAUAAGGCCGUCGAUGAAGGCUUUAUCUCCCCUUCUGCACGGCGUAUUAUCAUAUCUGCCCCAACAGCCAAGCAAUUAGUGAGGGAGCUUGAGGAGUAUGUCCCAGAAUAUGAUGAGAUUACAUCUAAGUUGAUAUGGGAGGUGGAGAGACUAAGUUAUGUUCCUGAAUCAGGCGUUGCCACAUGAAUAUCUGGUGUUGCCACGUGACACUUGGAAGUCCUAAUUACUGUAUAUCCUUUUUUGGCUCAAAAGCAAUUAUAGUUAAACCUACCAUACAUAUCUAUAGUAUCCACCAAGAACAUUGAUCAGGUCUUUUUUGGGGUACAAGUUUCUUAUACAUGUUCAUGUUGAAUACAGUUUCAGAUUUAGUUUUCGCAUGAAGAAAAUCUCGAGUAAAAAAUGCUCAAUUUCUGUC